UUGCGCGCGGCCGCCUUCAUUUAGCGUGGAGACGCGAGCGAGCCGCGGCGGGGAGAGAGGAGGAGGAGUGGGAGACGCGGCGGGGAGAGAGGAGAGGCCGGAGACGGAGAGACGAGGCGUGGAGGUGGACGCCGAGACGAGGAGAGCGAGGCGUGGAGGAGACGCCGAGACGAGGUGGUGGUGGUGAAGACGAGCGGCCGCCGCGUUUCCCUCAGUCGCUCGCGCCGCCCGAGCCGGGGGGGGGGCACGAGGCUGAGGAGGAGAAGUGUCGACUACUGCUGCUGCUGCGGCUGCGAUCGUUUCCACAGCGCCCCCCCCCACACCGCCCACUCCCGAGGAAGCGCGGAGCGAGAGACGCGGCGCUGAAGGAUGAGCGCGGCCCGACUCGAGCAGUUCAAAACGGUUCGAUGCACUCCAAGGAUACAGUUAAUGACGACGACUUUGAAGCUUACCUGACCAAUCAGAGCAGCCAGAACAACAGCUACACGGCCAUGACCGACCCGUACAUGCCCAGCUACUACGGCCCGUCCAUGGGCUUCCCGUCGUACUCGCUGAGCGCCGCCGAGGCCGCGUGGUCCACGGGGGGCGACCCUCCCAUCCCGUACCUCGCCCACCACUACGGCCAGACGCUCGCCAACGGGGAGGCCCACCACCACUUCCUGCAGCCCGAGCCGGGCUUCCUGGGGCAGGGCGGCCUCGGGGCGCCCGCACCCGCGGGGGCCGCCGGCGGCCUCGGCGCGCACGCCACCUACCUGGGACAGCACGCGCCGGGGCCCUUCGGCUUCUUCCCCGGGGGGCCCGAGUUCGCGGCCUGGGCCGGGGCCGGCGCGGCCGCGCAGGCGGCGCAGGCGGCCGCGGCCACGGGCGGCGCGGGGCGGCCGCCCGGGCGGCAGAGUUCGGCGCAGGCCUCGGCGGCGGCCGUCGGCGCCGCCGUCUACGGCGGCAACGGGGGCGGCAACAGCAGCUGCAGCAGCAGCAGCUGCAGCAGCGGCAGCUACGUGUACCCGCCGAGUUCGCUGGGCGGGGCAGCGAUGGACGCCCACGCCACCUUCGCCAACGAGGGCAUCAACAAGGCGCCGGGCCCCGUGAGCAGCGUGGAGCAGGGCGUGGCCGGGCUCAAGUUGGAUGGCGGCGACGGUAACGGCGGUGGCGGCGGCGACGUCGCCAACAAGACGGUCGGCGCGCCCGUCGUGGGCUCCAUGUUUUCCGUGAGCGGCAUGACCGUGCCGACCAUCCCCGUGCCGGUAUCGAACUCGGCGGCGCAGGCUCUGCUGCACCAGCAGCACCGGCAACACCAGCAGCACCAACAGCAACAGCAGGCGGCAGCGAUGGCGCAGGCGCAGAAACCCACGUCUUGGGCGGCGAUCGCGAGCAAGCCGGCCAAACCGCAGCCCAAACAGCUGAAGGGAAAGGGGGGUUCUGCAGGGGGUGCCGCCACCGGCGCCGCCAUGCCCCCUCCGCCCCCCAUCAAGCACAACAUGGACAUCGGCACGUGGGACAACAAGGGGGUUGUGGCCAAGGCAGCGCCACCGGUGUGCGGGCCUGGCGAGGCGCCUGGCCCUCAGCAGCAGCAGCAGCAGCAGUCGGUAUCCCCGUCACCGGCGGUGGCUGUUACUUCUGCGGCGCCGGUUAUGUCAAUUCCGCAGCCGAGCAGCCAGAUCCAGUCGCUAGCGCCCGUGCAGGUGUCGAUGCAAGCCAAUCAGCAGCCGAAUAGCCAGCCCGGCAGUUCGCUUCACCAGCAACAGCAGCAGCAACAACAGCAGCAGCAGCAGCAACAACAACAGCAGCAUCAGCAGCAUCAGCAGCAGCAGUUAUAUCUUCAUCACCAGCAGCAACAGCAGCAACAACAUCAGCAGCAGCAGCAGCAUCAUCACCAGCAGCAGCAGCAGUCGAUGCAGCACACAAUGCAACAGAUGCAUAAUCAGUUGCAGCAACCAAUGCAGCACGGGCAGCUUAUGCAGCAGCAGCAGCAGCCCGGGCGCUGGUCCGCACCACGCAGUCGCAACGGAGGCGUGUUCGGAGGCGACAUGCUGACGGUCGGCGCCAUGAGCUCGGUUGCUCAGCAGCAGCAGCACCUGCAGCAGCAGCAACCUCUACCCCACCUCCCUCACCACCACUCGCUUCCUCACCAGCAGCAACAGCAGCCGCAGCACCACCAGCAUCACCAGCAGCAGCAACAGCAGCACCAUCAGUUGCACCAUCACCACCACACCAUGCAGCCUCUGGCACCUCCGCAACAACCGCCACUGCCCAUGCCGUCCGGCCCCAUAAUGCCGGCGUCAGAUCCGUCCCCUCCGCCACCACUGCUGCACCACCAGCAGCAGCAGCAGCAGCUGGCACCGGUGGGCCUGGCGCUGUCGGUGGUCGCGGCGACGUCCCUGCCGCCAGAGAGCCACCCGGUGCUGGAGAAGCUGAAGGUGGCCAACAGCUACAACCCGCGCGACUUCGAGUGCAGCCCGCGCAGCGCACGGGCCUUCAUCAUCAAGAGCUACUCCGAGGACGACGUCCACCGCUCCAUCAAGUACUCCAUCUGGUGCAGCACCGAGCACGGCAACCGGCGGCUGGACGGCGCCUACCGCGCCAUGCAGGGCAAGGGCCCCGUCUACCUCCUCUUCAGCGUCAACGGCAGCGGCCACUUCUGCGGCGUGGCGCAGAUGACCUCGCCCGUGGACUACCAGACGUGCGCCGGCGUGUGGUCGCAGGACAAGUGGAAGGGCAAGUUCGAGGUGAAGUGGAUCUUCGUGAAGGACGUGCCCAACUCGCAGCUGCGCCACAUCCGCCUGGAGAACAACGAGAACAAGCCGGUGACCAACUCUCGCGACACGCAGGAGGUGCCGCUCGACAAGGCACGCCAGGUGCUGCGCGUCAUCGCCGCCUUCCGCCACACCACCUCCAUCUUCGACGACUUCGCACACUACGAGCGCCGGCAGGAGGAGGAGGAGGGCCAGAAGAAGGAUCGACAAAUCCGUAACAAAUGAUGAUGGCGGUGGGUUGGAGGUGUCGGGCUUGGGGGGGGUGGCUAGUGAUGGGGGGGGGUGAUGGGCACGGUGGACCCGAGCGUGUGCCCGGCGCUCGCCCAAGCUUGCCGACGUCGACAGCACGAAGACACCGAACCUCGAGCUUCUCCUGAAUGUUGGUUGUCCCUUUUAAAACAAAGCGGCGGCAGCAGCAGAAGAAGCAGCAGCAGCAGAAUAAGAAUAAUGAGAAGAAGAAAAAAAAUGAAAUGCUUAUCCUUGUUUUGUGAUUUAUCCUUUCGUUGUUGUAAUGCCCCCUCCUAUCGUUUCCUUUCCUCAAUUCUCUCUCCAGCAUCGUCAUUUAUAUCGUACGAUACUGUAGUCCUAGUGUGAAUGUAUCGCCUGGCAGAGUUGCAUUUUCAACAAGAAGAAAAAAAUUGCUUUUUAAUUGACCUCCCAUUUACAAUGCCCAUGAUAUUAACUCAAACGUAGCUGUGAUGAUGAUGAUGACGACGACGACAAUGAUGGUAAUCACGGUGAUGAUUGAUGGCGAUGGUGAUGAUGAUGAUGACGACGGUGUAAUUCUUCCCUCCAGCUCUUCGGCUCGUUUCAGAAGAUUCUUUAACACAAUCGUGAGCUGCGUAUUUAAUAUCUGCCGAGCUUUGCUUGCGUUUCUUCUUUUUUUCAGACAAGAUUGGUGGUGCUGGGUGUGGGGGUGGGGGGGAUGGAGAGACCAAUACUAUCAACAGGUCCACUCUUGGAAUCAUUUUUUUUUGUGUCGAGGGGCGGUGGUGGGCGGGACACGAGGAGGAUUGGGGAAGGAGACGAUGCGGCGGAUACGUUUUUAUUGUUUUAACUCAGGGUGCUACUCGCAAAAGCACAGGGAUUGUGCAAAGGGGCCCAACGCACUGGUGGCCAGCCCUGCAAACGGCGAAAAAAAUAUGAAACUCCUCCCGUGAAAUCCGCCACCGGCCCCCCACCACCACCACCAGCCCCCUACUUUCCAUCAUCGCUCGCGAAUAUUUAAACAUCCCGAAGACAUCGACAACAAGCAAACCAACAACGGCAAGAGCACCCAUCGGUGACGAUUAUAACGAUGAUGAUGAUAAGACUGAGACGAGAUGAUUGCUCCAAACGUAAAAAGCCAUUUUAAAGACUGAUUUCUGCCUGAAGACUGAUGAUUAUUGGCGAUCGAUCGAGAACAGAUUUUAUCAGAGUUUCCAAGCGAAAGCGUUGCUCGACGCCGGAGGCUGCGUUUUUCUUGUCACCGACUGCCCGAACGCGAAUGAACAGAGAGGGGAGGGCUUUUGCUCUCUCCAAUCGGACCGGAGCCCCGCGAUUGUACAGUACAACUUGGACCCUGUUCAUUUUGCCGGAAUGAAUUUUUCAUCAAAAAAAAAGUCUAAAAUCAUUUAUAUCUUUUUUGACUGUCUGCCCGUGAUUUGGAAGAUGAUGAGGAAAUAGUGAAGUUAAUUUUCCUGCCUCUAGGAAGUCAUCAUUAGCCUUAAUAAAUGUGGUAUUACACCCUGA